AUGAUUUCUCAACACCUUUCUCUGCAUCUGCUGCCCCUUCUCACCCUCCUGUCUCUGCUGAUCCUCUCAGAUGUAUCCAGUGAGAGCACACUGGAGAGGAUCUUAAAGAAGAGAGAAGGUGACACAGAGAAGACCAUACAUUUCCCUGGUCCAUCAGUGGCACUGGCUCCCUCUAAGGCCAAGCAGUUCCUGGCAUCCUUGAAGAGGCCCAAGAGGAACAUCUGGGACCGCAGCCGUCCAGACGUGCAGCAGUGGAUCAUGCAGUUUAUGCACAUGGGCUUCGAUGAGGCGAGACUGGAGACCGACCUGGCGUACUGGAUGGACCACUAUCGGGCCAACGACCAAGGCCGCCAGCAUCACUACGACGAGAGCGCGGCGAUGGGUCCCAGAGACUCGAGCAGCUACAGACACGGGGCCAACGUCAACUAUGACUAUUACUAA